AUGGCUGAGGCUCUCGCCAUCGCGCUCGCAAUCGCGACCUUGAUAUCUGGUUUUAGCGCCAGUGUGGUUCUUGUCGAUAAGUUCAAGGCGAAAUUGAAAGACCACAGGGAGGGUAGAGUUAAGCUGACGGAACUGGAGAAGCUCCAGCAGUCACUCAUACAGGCGAAAUCCACGGUCCAAUCCACGUACGAUACCCAAUAUCAGCUUCACGGACAAAGAAUUCGAACUGGAGAUGAUCUAGCACGGUACAUUCUCUUUGCGUUGGCUGCGCAGCAGGAGGUUCUGUUGAAGAAUCUACAGAGUGUGGAGUUCGAGAGCCUGGAGGUUCAGCCUUUGAUCUCGAAAAUUGAUAGCACCAGAUCUGCGGCAACUAAUUGUCUGAAAGAACUCGCUGCUCGUGCUGAGCGGCUGGAUCGGCCAAUGCAGCUUACUUUGCAGAUGAAGGCGGCCUUGUUGAAGGAUUAUCAGGGCCUUUGUCCCUCGGCCGCGAUGUAUCGGGAGGGAAAGGCCCAUCGCUCUCAGCUUGGUGCUAUGUCCAGCAAUAAAGGAAAGUUUUCGUGCCACUCCUGCGGAGCAACAAUCACCGCAACGAAGCUCCGGAUCCCGGAUGCUAACGCCACGGGCUGGGUGCUGAUCAAUCUCUCAGGUCUGUAUCGGGCUCAUUGUCACGCAGGCCGCGGUUGGACCUGUAUCUGGGACCCGAGAGCACCAUCAUGUUACAGUGUAUUCCAAGAUGAGAAGAGGCUACUGAAACACAUGCUGGCAAUACAUCUUGGGAACAAUGAGAAUGACGUUGGUGUUACUGUGGACUGGCCGGCCGAUGUUCGCUGUGGGGAUUUGGAGAAGUGCGGGUUCAUGGUCGUGGUGAACGGUGUGGAGAUGCAAAACCUGGCAGGGAAGUUAGUUGUUCCAAGACCUAGAAUCAUCACAACGGCGCGCACAACCAGCGAGAUCUCUCUUAUGUCCGAUGUGAGCACGACUGCCGCCGGCGUCAACCCUCGAGUAUCAAACCUCACAUCGGAGGCAACAGGGGGAAUAGCCUUGUCGGGGAUUGGUCCGAGAGCCCAGGAAGCUGCCGAGAUGCCAUGUCUCGCCGUUGAUGGUAGACACCAGAUGCCAGCCGGGAUGAGUUCCUAUGCAACUCAGGUGCGGCACGAAAUGCCUGUUAAUAGACGGUUCGAACUGCCCGGCGAUGGAAGGUUUGAGCUGCCAGCAUAA